GAUGGACUCGGAGCCAUGAGUCACCGCGCGCGGCACGGAGCCGCUCUCUGAUUGGCUGCCGCCUCUCACCAUUCAGCAGGUCCGCGUGAAGCCGCGCGCGCGGAGAGCGACUCGGUUUGGCUGAAGCGGAGCUGCUGGUUCUGACUGUGUUCCGGUCCGGAACCGCUCUGGGUUUUAUUCUGCUGCAGGGAGCGCGCAUCGGACCCGCCCAGCUGAGAUGGCGAAGGCAGACCAGCGCUACGGCCAGCGGGACGGAUCUGACCAGAACUUCGACUACAUGUUCAAGCUGCUGAUCAUCGGGAACAGCAGCGUCGGAAAGACGUCCUUCCUGUUCCGCUACGCCGACGACUCCUUCAGCAACUCCUUCGUCAGUACCGUCGGCAUCGACUUCAAGGUCAAGACCGUUUACCGCAACGACAAGAGGAUCAAGUUGCAGAUCUGGGACACCGCGGGGCAGGAGCGCUAUCGCACCAUCACCACGGCUUACUACCGAGGAGCCAUGGGCUUCAUCCUCAUGUAUGACAUCACCAACGAGGAGUCGUUCAAUGCGGUCCAGGACUGGGCCACCCAGAUCAAGACGUACUCGUGGGACAACGCCCAGGUCAUCAUGGUGGGCAACAAGUGUGACAUGGACGAGGAGAGAGUGGUACCACCCGAGAAAGGAAAACACCUGGCGGACCAGCUAGGGUUUGAGUACUAUGAGGCGAGCGCCAAGGAGAACAUCAAUGUGCGUCAGGUUUUUGAGCGCCUGGUAGACAUCAUCUGUGUAAAGAUGUCUGAACGUGUGGACGUGGAGGCACCAGUAGCUCCUGGACCUAAGACCACCAGACUGACCGACAAGCCAGCCCAGCUACCUCAGAAAUGCUGCUGAUCAUCGGUCCACCUCCGCCCACCCUGAGCUGUAGGUCAAAUAAAAAAAUCAGAUAGUCCGACUGUUGAGACAUUCCUCCACACCCGCUCUGCUUCAGUCCAUGUUUGUGAGCCGUCAGUCAUCACUCCUGCUAACAUCCAGGAAGCCGCUCCGUUCGUUACCUGAGGCCGGCUGACCGCUGGAGGUCCCCUCCGCCUUCACCUGGCCGGUCCAUUGGUUCUGCUUUCAAAUGACUGCAGAGAAUCAGUUUAGGACAGCCCACAGCGCCACCUGCAGACCGUACAGAUGAGUAGCAUUUAGUGGCGACUGUCCUUUCUCUGUCUGCACCGCCAAGAUUUUAGUGUUUCUACUGAACCUCUGGAACGUCCUAAAUCCCGAUGCAACCAGAACGUCCAGCUGCAGUUAAAGCCAUGAUGAGAAUGACAGCAGAACGAUCGGCCGACGAGGUCCACUCUGCUCAGGAAAACAACCAAGUAGGCCAAACACCGAGAGGUAGGACUACAGCUACAUACCUGUCAAGUCUCCUUUACCCCCACCCCGCUCUGACCUCUGACAGGAACACCGAACGGAGACAUUUCCCAUAUUCUCAAAUUCUAAACUUGACCAGUUUGGUCACCUGCCGAACAUUAAACUCAGAGACAUAAAAGUCAGUCCAUCCCGCUGCGGCCCGGUCCGGACGGUUCCUCUCAGCCUGCAGCCGAACCUCUGAAGCUGUUUUUAGUCAGUCAUUGGAGCGUAAGGAGGCUCCGCCCCCUUAGCAGGUGUUGUCUUGUGGCCGCCAUGUUUGCAGUGUGUUUCCCAUGAUCAGGUGUGUGUGAGUUAAAUAUAAUUACCGUGAUAUUAAUAGCCUGUCCAGAUGUAAGGGUUCCCCCAUUGAGAGUAAACGGUAAUAUUGUUACUUUAUUUUGAGGUGAAACUGUAAAUGAUAGAGUUAGAGCUAAAUAUACCGUUGUGGAGUAUGAGCUUCUUUUUAUGAUUAAUUCUGUGAACUUGUUGUCUUACGGUUUGCUCCGUCCGGAGAAGCACAAAGUGAUUGUACAAAAUAUUGUGAAUGUUUGUAUAUUGUAGAUGAUUCUUAGAAUAAUAAAAACCACAGUCUUUCAUCAAAA